AUGGUCUACAAGAAAGAAGAACAAGUGAGUCUUGCCCAGUUGCCUUGCAUAGCUUCCAUGGUUCUCGAGGGUCUCACGCAAGGUGCCAAACCUUUUAGGGUCGCCGACUUGCCUACUUGUUCUCGUCUGUGGCUUUGGCUGUACUUGCUGGGCGGCAUAUCUUUCUUCACCGCGGCUGUAUUAGGCGACAAAUGGAAACUUCGUGGCACGGUCCUCUUCACUCUCGACAUCUUCGCUGUCAUCGGCUAUGUUAUCUUGCUCGCUGUUUCAGACAUCCCUGGCGUCCGUUACUUCGCCUGCUACCUAAUCGCAAUCCCUCUUUAUUGCGGACCCGGUCUCAAUGGUGUUUGGAUAAACAACAACAUGGCUCCACACUAUCGACGUGCAACAGCCAUUGGCAUCCAACAAACCAUUGGAAACAUUGCUGGUAUUGUAGCACCUCAGGUUUACCGCGCUGCUCCAUAUCGUCUUGGACAUUGGUGCUCUUUGGCUUCCGUCCUGAUUUCCAUGGGUCUUAUUGCUACCCAGGUCGGAUACCUCUACAUUCUCAACCGGAAGAAGUCCCAUAUUGGCCAAGGCGAGCGCUCCGACGAUCGGAAAGAGACAACCAGUGAAGGUGAUUUGGCUUUCACGUACGUGUACUAA